AUGCGCCUUUUGGAUCUGAGCCUUACUGCCCUGCAAGCCAGCGCGCUCGGUUUGGCUAGUCCAGUUUCCCGCUCAGCAGAGUCCGACAUAGAUCUUGCAACUACCGAAAGGCUCCAACAGCUUGCGAGCUUGGCCCAGACUGCCUUUGACAAGACAAAGUCGGAGGUCGAGGGCAGUGAAACUACAAAGCGCAGCAGCGCAUGCUCUUGGCAUGAUGUUCGUGUUCGGAGAGAGUGGGGCACGCUGAGCAAAUCUGAGAAGCUUGACUACAUCAAUGCCGUCAAGUGUCUUCAGUCCAGGCCUGCCCGCACACCCGCUUCACAGUCUUCUGGGGCUAAGACUAGGUUCGAUGACUUUGUCGCAACCCACAUCAACCAAACUCUCACCAUACACUACACUGGUAACUUCCUAUCCUGGCAUCGAUAUUUCACAUGGCAGUAUGAGGAGGCUCUGCGCAACGAGUGUGGCUACAAGGGCACUCAACCCUACUGGGACUGGUCCAAGACCGCGAUCACAGGCUUGGAGACCUCUCCAAUCUUCGACGGGAGCGAGACCUCCAUGUCCGGAAAUGGUGAUUUUGUCCCAGGACGGGAGCCCAUCCGUCUCGGUGGCCAAAAUGGUCUGCCGAUCAUCGAACUUCCAGUCGGUACAGGCGGAGGCUGCGUAAACUCUGGGCCCUUCAAGAAUAUGACAGUCAACCUUGGCCCCGCUGCCCUUGACCUGCCCGGAGGUAUCUCCGAGGCUAAUCCUAACGGGCCCUUGACAUAUAACCCCCGCUGUCUCAAACGCGAUUUGACAACUGAGGUCAACCUCUUGUACGCCAACGUGACUGCUGUGCUGUCCAACAUUCUCCAGCCUCAGAACGUGUACGACUUCCAGAUGCAGAUGCAGGGUGUGCCAGGCUCUGGUAACAUUGGCAUCCACGGUGGUGGUCAUUACUCCCUUGGAGGAGAUCCCGGAAGAGACGUUUUUACUUCCCCAGGAGAUCCUGUUUUCUAUCUCCACCAUUCGAUGAUUGAUCGAGUAUGGUGGAUGUGGCAGAUGCUUUCACCGCAGGAGCGUCAAUAUGGCGCCACUGCUCUCAGCGGAACCAACACAUUCCUGGAUCAACCCCCCAGUGCCAACACAACCAUGGAUGAUGUGCUCCAGUAUGGCUGGGCUGGGGAGUCCCUCAAGAUUUGGGACGCCAUGAGCACCGUUGCAGGUCCAUUCUGCUAUGUGUACCUAUGAAUGGAAGUUCCACAACGGGGAGGAUUACUUCACAUAUUUGUGUGCGGAUAAUGGCAACUGUAGCUUCGAUUAUAGUUAAAAUUCGCUUCUCCUACG